CAACUAAAUCUCUCUAAUCUCUCUCCAUCAUUCAACAAAAGUCAAUAUAAUUCCUCACCCUCUUUCACCUUCUCAAACCACUUAACAUAACACCAAACUUUGUCAUCACCAGAAACCAAGAAAAGAGGAAAAAAUGCAUGACAUAUGUCUGAACAUGCCACCAAUGGUUCAAACCUUCGACCCAGAGGACCUGUUCAAAAGGCGUUGCAUAUGGGUGAACGGACCCGUUAUAGUAGGUGCUGGCCCUUCAGGUCUUGCAGUGGCAGCAUGCCUCAAAGAGCAAGGUGUUCCAUUCUUAAUCCUCGAGAGAGCAAACUGCAUUGCCUCUCUUUGGCAAAACCGCACCUACGAUCGCUUAAAGCUUCAUCUCCCAAAACAGUUUUGUCAAUUACCAAACUUCCCUUUCCCUGAGGACUUCCCUGAAUACCCCACAAAGUUUCAGUUCAUAAGCUACCUUGAAAGCUAUGCAAAGCACUUCAACAUUUCCCCACAGUUCAAUGAAACAGUGCAGUCUGCAAAGUAUGAUGAGACCUUUGGCCUCUGGAGGGUCAAAACCAUCAGGAAGAUCAAGAAGUUAGGAGAAGCCUCUUCAGGUUGUUGUGGUGCUGUUGAGUGUGAAGUUGAGUACAUUUGCAGGUGGCUUGUCGUCGCCACCGGCGAAAACUCGGAGAAAGUGGUGCCUGAGUUUGAAGGGUUGGGAGAGUUUGGUGGCCAUGUUAUGCAUGCUUGUGACUAUAAAUCUGGGGAGGGAUAUGGUGGGCAAAAAGUGCUUGUUGUUGGGUGUGGAAAUUCAGGCAUGGAGGUCUCACUGGAUCUUUGUAACCACAAUGCUAACCCAUCAAUGGUGGUUAGAAGCUCAGUUCAUGUGUUGCCAAGAGAAGCUUUUGGGAAAUCUACCUUUGAGCUUGCUGUGAUGUUGAUGAAACGGUUUCCUCUAUGGAUGGUUGAUAAGAUAUUGCUGGUUCUGGCACGUUUGAUUUUGGGGAAUGUUGAAAAGUAUGGUCUAAAAAGGCCUUCAGUGGGUCCUUUGGAGCUCAAGCACACUGCAGGGAAGACCCCUGUGUUGGACAUUGGGGCCCUUGAGAAAAUUAGAUCUGGCAAAAUCAAAGUGGUUCCUGGAAUCAGAAGGUUCUUCCCAGGGAAAGUUGAACUUGUUGAUGGCCAAGUUCUUCAGAUUGAUUCUGUGGUUCUUGCAACUGGGUAUCACAGCAAUGUACCAUCAUGGUUGAAGGAGAAUGAUUUUUUUACCAGUGAUGGGACUCCAAGGAACCCAUUUCCAAAUGGGUGGAGAGGCAAAGGUGGUCUUUAUGCUGUAGGGUUCACAAGGAAAGGUCUUUCUGGUGCAUCAUUGGAUGCAAUUAAUGUGGCUCAUGACAUUGCCAAGAAUUGGAAAGAGGAAAACAAACAGAAGAGGAAAACAGUGGCUGCACGCCACAGGAGAUGCAUAUCACACUUCUAAUUAAGAGACUCGUCACUUUGAUAAUGACAAACAUUUUGGGAUUUAGGAUUGUUUUGUUUCUUGCUGAUCAAUCCAAAACAAAAGAGUUAAUGAUGAUGAAGAUAAGUUACAAAAUAGUAGAAGUCCCUAAUAGAAAAUAGAACACUUGAGUCUCUCUAGUUGGUUAAGUUGUGGGGAUAUGAAUUGUAUAAGUGUGCAAUCUCCCACAAUAAGCUUUGUUCCUUGUCAAUCUCUUUCAUGCCCUCCCUCUUCUUAAGGUCUAAAUAUAAAUCUCUCUUUAGAAAGGAAAAAAAAUAGCCCUCUCCUUAAGGAAAUCCACUGUUUGAAAAUGAUUUGGCUGUUAAUUUGUACAAAGGACGAUGAGGCUUAUUUGCUUCUUUUUUCAACGUAACUGUUUAUUGUUUUUUAGUUA